AUGAUCAGUGACAGCGAGAUCCCGCACUCGUUCUCGCACUUUUACGAACUCACCCACGAGGGACAGCAACACAUUCCCUUCGUGGACGGGCCCGAGUUUCCCGGCAUCAGCGAUGCCACGACCUUUUGCGCGAUUCCAUGCAAGCGCAACCACCCCUUGCCCUCGAACCUAGGCUCUGCCCCAGCCGUCCAGGGCAUUCGCUCCAUUGCCGAGAGAGUGAUCCUCAAGAUUGCAAAGGUCGAGCCGAGAGAACCAAAGCCCCCGCUCGAUUUCCUGGACUUCAAGGCCGUCUUACUCCCCUGGAUUUACGAGACCGUUGGCUCUCCCACAACCCGCAUCGACCUCGAGCCCCAGGAGCGAGCUCAGGAGCCCAGUAGCGCCCACACGGAUGAGUGGUGGAGGUACCAGCUGUUGAAGACCACGUCGCUGCUGCUGCCGUCCGACUCGCAGUGGUAUGCCCUGAACCAGCUCAGGGUCCAUGCCGGCGCGCCCGAGCGAAGCGCAGAAGGCAUCGAGAGGCUUGCCCACUACUAUCACCAUCUUACGUGCCUCGAGAAGAAGUUUCCUUUCCAGACCAGCUCGAUCCGAAUCGGGUUUACUUGGUUCGAGGCCUUCUCCGGCGAUAAGAAAGUGAUCACGGACUGUAUCCAGUAUGAGAAGGCCGCUACUCUCUUCAAUGUCGCUGCCAUACUCAGCCAGCUCGGCGUAUCCCAGCGGCUCUGGACGCCCGAUGGCAAACGACUCGCUGCCAAGCACUUUCAGCAAGCGAGCGGGGUCCUGCUCUACGUCCGCGAUGUUCUCUGCCAGCGCAUCCAGGUGACCUUGGACAAGACGAGCGACCUCUGCGACUGCACUCUCACGGCACUCUCCGAGUUUAUGCUCUGCCAGGCCCUCGAGUGCUUCUACGAAAAGGCCAACGAAGACAAAACCAGCAGCCCCGUCACCGCCAUGAUCGCCGCUCAGGCCGGGGACUACUACGAGCUUGCCUACCGCAGCUCGAAGAGCGCACUGCCUUUUGCCAAGACCCGUGUGCCCAGGUCGUGGUCUCUGCAAAUGAAAGUCAAGUCGCUGUUGUUCUCGGCCAUUUCGCACUUCCACACACCGCCCACGAUGACUCCGGACAAGAUUGUCGGAGAGAGAAUCGCUCGGCUUGGGUUGGCGAAAGAAAUGGCUGAGGGCACCUUGAAGCUCGUCAAAGAUGUACCCGGGUCCCUGGCCGAAAUGGCAUUGGGAUACCACAAAGUCAUUUCCAGUGCGCUGCUGCUGGCCAACGCUGCCAACACGGCCACAUUCCAUCACCCUCGCAUCGACACAAGACUACUGGCGCCGGUGCGACGGCCCACCGAAAACCUCGUGCGUCCUGUCUCGGCGGACCAAGUCCUUGGCGAAAUGUCGCGAUUCCAAGACAUCUUUCACGCCCUCGUGGCCCCAAAUCACCACAAAAGUGCCGCAUCAUACAUCAAGGACGCCGAGCGCAUCGUGGAGGCUGGAAAGUCGGAGCUCUUGGCCUGCAUUGCGGAUAUUGACGGUAUCGUCGCCCGUUUGAACACUCGCGUCCCAGCACAGCCUCUCCCCUGGGUCUCCAAGCUCGCCCAGGAAGGCAGCCUCAGCAGCAACUCCAUCAUCGAGCAGCUCAAGGUGUUUCAGUUCGAGGAACGCAUCAUUUCGUCGUCCAACUUGAUCAUCCAGCUCGAUCGCCUCCAUGAGAUUAUCGGGAACAACAUCCACGAGGCUGUGUAUAUCUUGGACCAUAUCGACGUGACCCAGUUCCCGUCCGAUCCUCUCAUUUUCUCGUCCAUCAGCAACCUGAGGGCCGCCUCAGUGCAAACGGACGAGCUCGCACGACAAAGCCGUGCGCGAUGCAGCGAGCUCAAGACAUUGUAUGAGCUGGACAUUAGCGAAUUCAGUCCUCUCGGAUGGAGCGAGGAAAAGCUCAAAGCGAUUCUGCCUCCGCCCGACAAGAUCCCUAUCCAGACCCGCAUCAGCACCAUCGAGGCUCUUCGAAAGGAACGCGAUGUCUUCCUGGCCCGAGUCGAGGAGAUCAAGAAGGACUGCACCAAGAAGCUUGAGGAACUCCGGAAGGUCUCCACCAACUUGGACGAUAUUGAGGGAAAUGCGAGCGUCGAUGUUGUGCUCGAGGCCAGGAGAAGGCAGCUCAAGACAAUUCAGGAUGCCGUUCGCAUCAAUCGCCUCGAGAAGGAUGAGUUGCUGAAAAAGCUCGAGGAGACAACAACAGCCAUCGAGAAGGGCUACAGCUCACUCAAGGAGGAAGAAGAGUCCCACCGCAUCAUCAACAGCUUCAAAGAAACGUUCAAGCACUAUGUGUGCUUCCGCGAAGGCUCCCAGACCGAGAUUGGGCGACUGGUCAAGCUCCGCGAGGAUUCGGUCCACAUCCUGGCCCGUUGUCUUGAAUUGCCUGUUAUCCCCGGCGACAGCGAGUGGCCACAGGCCGGGCCCGGCGAGUAUCUGUCAAGAUCACCGGCACGCUCCCCGAAUCGCUCCCCGAAUCGCUCGCCCAACCGGUCGCCCAACCGAUCACCACACCGAGCACCCGCCCCCCUGCCGCCACAUCCCCUUGGUCUGGAGCGCGAUCCCAAACUCGAGUCUGAACUUGCCAAGAUCAAGCUCGCAUCCAACGCCAGGGAUGUCGAGGCCAAGUACCCGCGGGGCAGCCCUACUUUGCACCACAACGACGAGGCCGCGCGAGAAGACGAUGGCGACGAUGUGCUGCUCAGAAUCAUCCAGGAACAGCAGGAAGUCCUGAAGAAGGGCGAAAAGGCAAAGAACCAGGGCCGAGAGCCGCUCGACUUUGAUGCCCACAUCCCCGGCACCCGCAUUCGCAAGCCGAGUGGCAAUGCCAAGCGAGUGCCCACCCAGAGCGAAGAGACGAUGAAGAUGCUGAUCAAUGCCCUGCUUCUGCGGCGCGGUCAGGAGGAGCAGCUGGGCGGGAGGGCUUCCGAGGACUAUGGCACCGUCGAGGACUACAUGAAGCGACUCAUGCUCAGCCAGCAGGAGGAAAUCGCCAAGAAUGCCGAAUCAAAAAAGAAGCAGGACCAAGAACUCAAGAAGCUUCAAGAGCUCCACAAGAAACAGGAAAUGGAGGCGGCCCUCUUUGGCAGCACCGCCUGGAGGAUGCUGCACGACCACGUCCUCCAGCCCAGCGCAAGCGAAGAGCUGUCUCUUCCGACGACAACCUCCAGCGACCCGACGAGUACAUCCCAGGCGAACGAAUUACAUCCAGCGCCGGCCCUGAACCAUCGUCUCCCAAGAACACCUGCGACCGUUCCGGUUAACCGAGUGGUCCCAAGAAACCCGUCCUCGGGCGGACGACGCAAGAACAAGAACAAGCACUCUGGCCUGAACUGGUUUCCGGGCAUGAGCAGCAUCCUGUCGUUGAUAGGUGUUCGAGAGCCCGCGAGAAAGAACCCGCACUACCUUGAUAUGGAGAGCCGCAAGUCCAGCUAUGUCACAGCCAUCGACGGCGAUGCGCACUCGAGCGAAUCCAAUGUCCACGACGACCGCCAUGCCUUCUCCCGCCUGACCCGCGAGAACGACAUGCUCAAGAGGCACAUUGCAUCUAUCCACAACGAGGACUAUGAGAAGUUUUCCGAGCUGCAGGAGCGCAUUCAUGCGCAAGAGCACCGUCUCCGUAAACUCGACAAGUACCGCGAGAAGCUCCGCAGGAGCCACCAUGUCGACCGACAUGAGAAGGGCAAGCAGCGUGCCGACCACCCGACCCAGCAACCCCACCGAAUGCGCGGCCAUCCUCCCCAUGCACAGCACGAUGGGUCGAUCAAGAAAGACCUGGCCCAGAAGUUGGCUAUGGAGUGGCUCGACGAGCAGUACAGACUUUUGGUCCACCAGGAGCCGGCCAAGCAAGAGGCAGGGCCGAGUGGCACGGGCCGACCCAAUGCCGGUACCAGCGCAAGCGUCGCCGACGGUGCUGGCCAAGCAGGACCGUCACGGCCCUCCCCAAUCUCGCUGAUGGACAUGUACAAACUGGCGUCCGGCAAUCGCAUUCGCUCAACGACAGAGCAGAUCAUGAUGCUCACGUCCCUGGGAACGACGGAAACGGCUGCUGCGGUCGUCGAGGCUGCCACAAAGUCGUCCCAGCCGAAAAACAACAGCCAGAGGCAGGACAGCGGCGUCGAUGUCGAUCUCAGCCAACGACACAGCCACAAGAUUCCCUCGACGCUGCGCAAGACCCAGUCGCCCACGGACACUGAGCUCACAUCCAUCAAAAACGUGGUGGCCAAGAUGAAGCGUGAAAACGAUCUCCUCGUUCGACAGCUGAACGACGGCGCCGCGGCGGGUCACAACGAUGCCUGA